CGACCUACUGCCCGACGGAAACCACAGCAAUCUCUGCUUGCGCAAUGUGUUCUCAUAUGCUUCCAAACCACAUUGACUAAACAUCGAGGUUUAGGAGCGAGAAUGGCUAACCAAAGUAGAGAAUGUACUGCUGACGCAGUAGCAUCGCAACCCCGAACAAUCUAUCUGACUGCCUAUAACGUCCUCUUCGCAUCGCUAUGGGCGUCUGUCUUUGUCCGAGCCAUCUCAAAUGUCCAAAAUGAUAAAUUUGAACUCUUCGAUGCGACGGAACCAUAUGCGCGAUGGAUACAAACCGCGUCUUUGAUAGAAGUUUUCCAUGCGGCUUUCGGUAUUAUCAAAUCUCCAGUCAGCACAACCGCUUUACAAGUCGUUACUCGUGUCAUCCAGGUCUGGAUGGUGUGGUACAGCUUCCCGCAAAGCACAGCAGAUUCACGUGCUUACCUUGCGUUAUUGCUUGCUUGGUCGGUGGCAGAUACGAUUCGGUACUUGUACUUGGCGCUUAACAUGCACGGGAAGGCGUCGAAAGGCAUGAUCUGGCUUCGCUACACCAUGUUCUAUCCUCUCUACCCGAUCGGUAUCGGGGCUGAAUGGUGGUUACUGUACCAAGCUAUUGCUCCAGGAGCCAAGAUCAGCCCGGUGAUACCGCUCAUCUUCUACUUCUGCCUGCUGCUCUACAUCCCAGGCUCUUAUACAAUGUACACGUACAUGAUCAAGCAAAGAAGGAAGACGCUCAAUACAGCACGCAAGACUCAGUGAGUGUAUAGCUUGCUCAAUAUAUAGGGUAAACCUGGCCAUGCAUGAAACGAAGGAAGUUCGUAAAUAGUCCUUCUCUUUGGGUGUGUAAUCGUACAGGGUCUCGGGAGAGAUCUUGGCCGCAGAAACGCUGUCACCUAUCAGAAAGCGCGGAACGACGGUUUGUCUCAUCCAUCGUUGUACGAGGGUUAUGCUCCGUACUGUACACUCUAUAAUUUGAAGGUGUUGUCAAUAGAGAGCGAUGCAGCAGGGAUCACCUUGUCG